AUGGCAACCAACAAACAGCCACCCGCAAGUGGUGGGCAGUUAUUCACUGUCAGUGGAACUCUAACUGUCAUUAUCACCGACGUCAAUGAUGCACCGCCAACCAUCGUAGGAGGACAUGCAGAAGGAGACCACUCCUUUGUUCACAAUUGCCCUGCCUUAGACUGCCAGGAGCAAACGUCCUUCAAACCCAUUUCUAAGGCUAUAGAGGGGUGGGCUAAGGUGGACGAGCCACAUAUUGGAACCCUAUGUCACCAGGAGGUCCCUGGAACUCCUCCACAAAAAAACUUUGACAUCACCGUGACGGAGCGAGCCAAUGUGGGCAUGGAGUUCUUUGAAAUUUUCAUUGAAGAUGGCGAUAUUUCGGAUUGGGGUAAUCACUCCUGUUCUUUGGUCACGAAAAACAGUUACUUUGAUGUAGUCUACAAUCCCACAAUCGAUGCCUGUGGUAUUAAACCCCUACGGAAAUUAAAUGUUGAUAUAAAUCCACCAGUGCCUCCAGGACCUCAAAUCCUUACCAUAAUAAUACUUGACUCACAAUCCAGUCACACGGCCACUGCUCAAGUACGCAUCACUGUGACAGAGGACAAUGACAACCCUCCUCAAAUUGUCUUACAACCAAGCUCAGGUCCGGGUGAGCUUUGGGAUGGAACUCCGGGAGUGAUGAUGCUUGUAAAUCUUCAAAUCUCCAUCGUGGAUUUGAUCACUGAGGGCGCAUGGUUCCACCUUGAUUCCAAAUCCUCUGCUGGCGGGACAUUCGGGAUUGAUACGAUUAGUGACCAGUCUGCACGCGUUCAAUUGAUCUCGCGCAUCGACAGAGACAAUCUUUUGAAUCUGCUGAAAGACCCAUCUACCUCGCCUGUUCCCUCGCCAAUUUUGCCCACACCAACGGAUGGAAGGGUGCGCUGGCCUCUGGUCAUCAGUGUAAAUGAUAGGCGAGAGCCCUCACUCACCACUACCACAACGAUGACCUUGACCGUUAUUACAAAGGGACCUGUACUGUUAAGCGAUGAACUGGAGGGCUAUACUGUUGGGGACAAUUCUCCCCCUGACACACUCAUAACUCCACAGCAAAUUUCAGCAGUGGAUCUGGACUAUCCAAAUCAAAGAAGUAGCAUCUCCUAUGAAAUUAGUUCUCAAUCAGCUCAGGCUCUCAGGCUUUUCAAAAUAGUCAGUCAGACUGAUGGAAAGUUUGACCUAGGGCUGAGAACCACCCUCUCACGAGAGGCUGAAAAAAUGUCCUACUUCCCCGUGCCAAUUGUCGCCACAAUAUCCCACCUGACCAGAACAGCCACGUCUACACUGACAGUGACAGUGACCACUAACAACCCUUUGGCGCCAUCGGAUGCUCACGGAAGUCUAGAUGCAUUCAUACCCUCAGACGUUUGGUACUGGCCAUAUAAGAAGGCGUUACCCGAUCUGCCGAUUGGCUCGAUGCCUGUUGUAGAACGGUUUGCCUCCGAUCGAAGCAGCAGGAUCUUCCAAUUUUUUCCGGAAAAUGAGGAUGAACUCAUGUUUAGGAUAAAUGAUGGCGGUCUCCUCUACCUGCUCACAGCAUCACCGCCAGGCAAACUUUCAGUAAAAGCUGGAGUUAAGACAAAAUUUGAUUCUUCCCUCCCCAGUGCAUCAAGUGAGCUUGGUGUUCAAAUCAACUGGUUGCCUGGCAGUGCUUUUACAAAUGGCAUCCUCAUUAGGAUUGACAAAGCGACACUACCGUGGUUUGUGAACCAGGUCGACACUUCCGUAUCGACACCGCGAGGGCGACUAAUUGACGCUUUGGCAAAGAAGUUGGAGACAAGUGUUGGUUCCGUCACAGUUUUCCCCGCCAACACAAUUGGGGAAGCAAUAAACGUAUUUGUGGGGUUGCAUGAGUCGCCGUAUGAGGUUCCCGGAAGAGUAAUAGAUACAAUUCUCAAUGACGCUGAUCUCUACACUGCAGCCCUGAGAGGCAACAGUGCCAACCUGCAGGUUAGUCUAGCCCCAACUGUCAACGGAUUGACCGGGUCUGUGGAUUUGCAGUGUGCCACAGACGCAGCUGCCCUGGCUGUCUGCAACUGUAGAGGCUGCAGAAGCAGGUUGAAAACUCCUAGGAUACCCUCAGAAGAUGAUGAUUCAGCUGGUUUGACGUCUUCUGCCCCUGGGGUUACAGCCAUUGGUCCCAUACUUGAGACUUGGGUUGAUUGUUGGUGCAAUGGUGGAGAUCCGCAACCUCCUACACAAGCUCCUAUUACCUGUCUAAGUCCUGACGCCUGCUUGAAUGGGGGAUUUUGCAGUGUAGAACCUGGAACCCAGACAAUAAGGUGUGAAUGUCCCUCCGGAUUCAUGGGUCCACGCUGCGAGCAAACACAACUCUUCUUUCCUCAAAGUGGUUACGCCUGGACCCCGAACAUCGGCAGCUGCAGCCGCCUUCACAUUCAGUUCACCUUCAAAACACCCUCCACAAAUGGCCAUGCUGGACUGAUUUUGUACGCCGGUCCAAUUAGUCAAUCAUCAACGAAUGUGAAGAUGCACGAUUUCAUUGGUCUCCAAAUUGAGCCGGGAGGACAUCAACUCAAGUUAGCCUACAGCCUUGGCGCAGCCGGUUUGUUGGCUUCAACAGUCGCAGUCAAUACGCGAUUGGACGAUGACAGUUGGCACCAAAUUGACUUAAUCCUUUUGCAAAAAGUAAUCAACACGGAGAUGGUAUUGAUGGUUGAUGCAUGCAGGCUCAGUGAAGGCACAUCUAAAGAAAAUGGUCUUGAGAAUCCACCGAAUUUGAACGAUUGCCUCUUUUCUCUGCCUUACAACAUUGGAAUAGAUCGAGCCCUCAAUGUGGGCCAAUGGCCAUUGCAACUAGGAGGGCGGAAGCUGACAAGUGGUGUGACUCUCUACCCCACCGAAAUGACCACCGAACCACUUCCUGCGGGUAGUGCUUUCAAGCAUGUUUUAGUUAAUGGAGAACUUUGGAACCUGGCUCAAUUUGGUUCUGUUCAAAGUGCUUCUCCUGCACCUUCUGUCUGCCUCAAUGUCAAGGGACAAGAUGUGUGUGCGCCCAAUGUGAGUCAUUUUUUCUCCAAAACCUGA